AUGGUGAUAGAUAUUCUGAAAUUUUUCUUCGUCUAUUCCUUGGUGCUGUUCGCAUUCGCUUGUGGUCUCAACCAGCUCUUCUGGUAUUACGCAACAAUGAGGCAAAACGAAUGCGGAAAAUCCAAUAAUAAAUAUCUUCCCGAAGAUGUUCAAAAAGAAAUGGCAGCCAGCUGUGAUCCGGAAUAUUCUGCGUUUGCCAACCUCUACAACACGAUUGAGACACUGUUCUGGUCCAUACUGGGAGUAUUCGAUUUGGAUCACCUGCGAUUGAAGGAAAAUCACGUCAUAACGGAAUGGGCUGGCAAGACCAUGCUUGGAACCUAUGGCAUUAUAUCCGUCGUCGUGCUGCUGAACAUGCUCAUCGCCAUGAUGAGCAACUCAUACCAAUAUAUUUCGGACCAAUCGGACGUUGAAUGGAAAUUUGCCAGAAGCAAGCUUUGGAUUGAGUAUUUCGAUGAAUCCGGAACACUUCCUCCCCCAUUCAACAUUGUUCCCUCUCCGAAAUCGUUUUGGAACGCGUUCAUAUGGCUGAUUGACCGGUGCUGUCACGUGUCACUGAAAAAAUUGCUUCGAGCUCGCAGAACCGUUCGCCUGGAGAAAAUCUUGAAGAGGGUCAGCGAUAUGGAGAACAACUAUCAGUUCGUGAUCAGAAAUCUCGUCAAGCGGUACAUCGCCAACAUCCAGCACAAGAAACAAAAUAUGGAGGGGGUCACCGAAGACGACAUCGCAGAGCUUAAGCAAGAUAUUUCGGCGUUUCGUUACGAACUGUUGGCUGUACUGAGAAGAGCCGGAUUUGAAACUAACGGUGCAGAGUCGAAUAGCAAAAACAGUAAGACGAUGCUAAAUCAUUUUUUGACAUGA